AUGCUCUCACGUGUUUCUGCAGUGAAGGCACCCCGCACACACAACCGUCGCCGCGUGACCGGAUCCAGCGGAAGGAGGAGGGAAGGAAGAGAGGGCGAGCAGCGGAGGCCCAACAUGUCCCGGCGUGUGUUUACUUCCGCGGUACUGUUCCUCCUCGUCGUGAUGAUGUGCUGCGGCACUGGUGGAGCUGCAUCCAGUAAGGACACGUCGUCAGCUUCAGGAUCUUCACCGGAGAAAUAUUUUUUUUGGAGAGAUAAGAACGGAGGAGAAACAGUGAGUUCGUUACGUGUUCCAGUUCUUGUUGAGAUGGAUGGUGGCGUGUUUGCCGUUGCCGAGGCGCAGUUGAAGGAGGAAGGAAGCAAUUUCUUUACUGGGAUUGCCUCGGAGCUCCUGGAGUGGACCGAUAAAGAAUCAAACGAAUUGGAUACAACUAAACUGAAGACACAAGUACUGGAGGAAUGUCAGUUUGAACCAGGGAAGUGUCCUUCCCCAAAAGGAGCUCAGGAUGCUUCCCAAAGCCGGACAAAAGUACGUGUCAGCCGGCCAACAACAGUUGUGAAUGGGAGUGAUAUUUACAUGUUUGCUGGAACCUACAGUUUUGAAGUUAAGGCAGCUGCUGGUAACACAGCUGCAGCAGCUAAAUGGGAGCUUUUGGUGGCUGUGGGGAACGUCAGUAAUGAUGGAAGCAGCGGCAAAAAAAAAAUUUAUUGGAAAGACGCUUCCGUUAUCCCGUGGACUGAUUCUGAAAAAGAACACGAGUCCUUGACACGGCGGAUUGGCGGCGGCGGAUCGGGUAUUCAGAUGAAGGACGGUACGCUUGUGUUUCCCGUGGAAGGCACGAAGAAGGAUGGAAACGCCGUUUCGCUGAUAUACUCCUCAGCCACUGAGAGUGGGAAGCUGUCGAAGGGGAUGUCUGCCGAUGGCUGCAGCGAUCCCUCCGUCGUGGAGUGGAGGGAGGGAAAACUCAUGAUGAUGACUGCGUGUGAUGAUGGCCGCCGCAGGGUGUACGAGUCCGUUGACAAGGGGGAGGAGUGGACGGAGGCGCUCGGGACACUCUCGCGCGUGUGGGGCAGCAAAAAGGUCGGAAGUGAGAAGGCCGUUAGGAGCGGGUUCACUACAGCGAAGAUUGAGGACAGGAAUGUGAUGCUCGUCACUCUGCCGGUGUAUGCCAAUAAGGCUGAUAAAGAAGUAAAUGUAAAGGGCAGACUCCAUCUUUGGCUGACGGACAAUACGCACAUUGUUGAUAUUGGGCCGGUAUCCGUGGAAGGAGACGAUGAGGUUGCCGCCAGCUCCCUGUUGUACAAAAGUGGAGGUAAUAAUGAGUUGAUUGCACUGUACGAGAAGAAGAAGGGCGAUGAAGAGAAAUCACUCGGUAUGGUGUCUGUGCGUCUGACUGCGCAGCUGAAGCGGGUGAAGGAUGUGCUGGCGACGUGGAAGAAAGUGGACGAACGUGUCUCCAAGCUGUGCCCCUCUAAAAAUCCUGCGAAUGAUCCCUCAACUGGCAAUGGCUGCAGCGCUGUUAAGAUCACGACUGGGCUGGUUGGCUUUUUGUCCAAAAACUUCUCUGGUAACACAUGGAGGGACGAGUACCUUGGGGUGGAUGCCACAGUAAAGAAAGGAACGAAUGGAGUGGCAACAGGGUAUGCGGAUGGUGUGACGUUCCGGGGAGCGUGGGUGGAGUGGCCCGUUGGCAAGCAGGGGGAAAACCAGCUGUACCACUUUGCGAACUACAACUUCACUCUUGUGGCGACGGUGUCCGUCCACGGUGAGCCGAAGGGAGAUACCCCCAUUCAUUUGAUGGGUGCGACGAUGAAUGACAAUAAGAAUCCUGUGCUCCUGGGACUGUCGUAUGACAAAGAGGGGAAGUGGCAGGUACUGUGCAGUGGCGGAACGACCAAGGAACUCCGCAGUAAUUGGGAGCCAGAGACAACACACCAAGUGGCCAUUGUGCUACGGAACGGCAAACAGGGCUCCGCGUACGUCGAUGGUAAGCGUGUGGGAGAUGCGUCAUGUGAAUUGAAAAGCACGGAUUCGAAAGGAAUCUCCCACUUCUACAUUGGAGGGGAUGGAGGCAGCGCAGGGAGCAAAGAAGACGUGCCUGUGACCGUGACGAAUGUCCUGCUGUACAACCGCCCGUUGGAUGACAGUGAGAUCAGCGUCCUCAACGCAAACAAAAUUUCUAUUCCAAAGCUGACAGGUCUGAAAACAUUGGCGGCAGGAGCAACGGGUGUCGGGACCGCUCGCCACUUUGGGGCACAUGGUGAUGGCAGCACUGUUUGCGGAGGCGGACUGCUGCCGCUGCUCCUUCUGCUUGGAUUGUGGGGGAUUGCCGCUUCUUGA